AUGGUGGUGGGCACCGAAGCGGGGGCAUCCAUCAUCCCCCUGGAUAAAUUUAAGUCUUUGUUCCCUCUUGUUAAAUUAUCACCUAGUCCUACAAAAUUGUCAUCAGCUUCCGGCGACAUUAGAGUCAGUGGAGAAGUUAAUGUCUGCGUAUCUAAAAAUGGCAUUACCAAAAAUUUGUGUUUAAUUGUUUGCCAGGACGCCAAAUUGUUAAAUCCGUUAUUAGGUCGUCCUUGGCUUGACGCUUUGCUCCCUGGUUGGGGAGAUGUUUUCAAUCAACCUGUUUUAAUUUCUAGUAUUAGUGUCGCUGCGCCCUCAGUGGAGGAGUUACGGAACAUGUUUCCCAAAAUUUUUGAUGUUAAUAAUGAUGAGCCUAUAGUAGGGUUUGCAGCAAGAUUGCUAUUGCAAGAGAAGGCUGCGCCAGUGAAGCAUCGGGCAUACAAGGUCCCGUUUGCCCUCAUUGAUCCAGUAAAUGCUAUUGUUGACAAGAUGGUUGAUCAAGGCAAGGCAGUCCACGUCAGGCAUGCCGAGUGGGCUUCGCCCUCGUUUCCAGUUCCGAAGAAAAAUGGCGAGUACCGCCUAGUAGUGGAUUUCAAGAAGACGUUGAACCCUCAAUUGCGGGUAGACCACUACCCUAUUCCUUCUCCAGAGGAGAUCUUUUCGGACAUGUCUGAGGCUGCCUACUUUGUUAGUUUAGAUCUUAAGGAUGCGUACAUGCAGUUGCCCCUGUCCAAGGAGUCCCAGGAGUUAUGUAUCAUGAAUACCCCUAGAGGGUUUUACAAAUUGUUACGACUGCCGUUUGGUAUUGCUUCUGCUGCCGCAAUUUUUCAGUCUGUCAUGGAAGAAAUUGUUGGCAGCAUCAAGAAUGUAAAGGUUUAUUUGGAUAACCUGUUAAUUCAUGGUGACUCCUUGGAUGCGGUGGUUUAA